AUGGCUGAUCCAGUCUAUUUAGCUUUACUUGGCUCCGCUGAAUAUUUCCGAACUAGUACACCACCAAAUUAUCGUUUAGCAAUACAAUGUUUACAAGCUAUUCUAACAAUAAGAUUACCACCAUUAAUUGAAGCGAAAAUUCAUUUAUUUCUGGGAAGAUUAUAUACACAACAUACAACAAAUGUUGAUAUGGCAUCUAUGCAUCUUGAUAAAGCUUGUCAAUUAGCACAAAUGCCCGACGAUAUAAAACUUGAAAGUCUUUGUUUAUUAGCAAAAAUUUAUUCAAAUCAAAAUCAAUUUGCAUCAGCAAUAACAUUACUUCAACAAGCAUAUGAUCUAUCAUCUCAACAACCUUAUUGGCAUUGUAGAAUUAUAUUUCAAAUAAUUGGGAUAUAUCAUUCACAAGAAGAUUAUAAUACUGCACUUUAUUAUAUUGAUCGUGGAAUAGAAUUUUCAGCUAGAAUCAAUGCCUUAUUUUGUCAAAUUCUUUUUCAACUUACUAAAGCUAUGUUACGAUUAUUAGUAAAAGAUUAUAUGGAUGCACAAAAUUUAUUAAAACCAUGUUUAGAUAGAAUUAAUUCAUUACAAGGCAAUUUUUCACAUAUUGAAACAUUAAGAAUUUUUUAUUUGGUUUUACAUAUCUCAUGUUCUUGUUUUGGACUUGGUCAAAUUAAAUCAUCAAAAAAUGCAUUGAUUCAACUUCAACAAAGUAUUCAAAAUCUAGCAAGUCGACCAGAAGAAGAAGCUUAUAUAAUUACAAAUCCAUUGGAACAAUUUACAUGGUUAUCACGUGAUCAUUUAAAUGUUCUUGUUUAUUUAUUAACCGUUUUUCAUUCAAUGUUAUCAGGUCGAUUAGAAAAAGCUCUUAAAUAUGCUGAUAAAGCUCAAGCACAAAUUGAACAAAUUAAAAAUAUGGAUCAUAGUCCAUUUUUAAUGGCUGUUGAAAUGCUUUUUUAUGAAUGUCGCAUACAAAGUCAUUUAAUAUAUGGUAAUAAAUCCGUUGCUAUUAAAGAAAUUAAUACAUUGUGCCGUCUUCAUACUGCAUCAAAUCCAAUGAAUAAUAAUGUUGCAAUUCAACGAUCAUUAACUCUUCAUGCAUUAUUAGGUUUUUAUGCUACAUCAUUAAAUUUUAAUGAAGCUGCCGAAGCACAGUUUGCAACAGCUCUUCGAACUCGAUUUUCUGGCGAUAAAGAAUUUCGUUUUUUUAUUCUUGCUAAUCUUAUUAUUAUCUAUUUACGAACAUCAAAAAUUGCAAAUCUUGUACCAAUUUUACAACAAAUUAAUAUAGAAUUAAAUACAACUCAGUAAGUCAUUUUUUAUUUAAUAAUCAAACAAUAACUUU